GUCCACUGGCUCUGCAGACUCACACUCUCCAUACACCUAGAUACACACGGAGAGUCAUUUGUAAGGCUAGAAAAGAUGCCGUGUGUCAGCUCCUACACGGGCCAGAUGGGGAAGAUGCCUUGUAACCUCAGCUCUGUGCUAGAGACAGCCCUCAUGGUGGAGCAGAUUCUGUCGGAGUUCAGGUUGAAGAAGGAGCAGUUGAAGGAGGUGAUGAAGAGGAUGAUGAGGGAGAUGGACCGGGGACUGCGUGUAGAGACGCACCAGGAGUCCAGCGUCAAAAUGCUGCCCACUUAUGUCUACUCCACUCCUGAGGGAUCAGAGGUGGGGGAUUUCCUGGCCCUGGACCUGGGGGGGACUAACUUCCGUGUGAUGUUGGUGAAGGUGGGGGAGGAUGAGGAGAGGGGAUGGAAGGUGGAGACCAAACACCAGAUGUACUCCAUCCCUGAAGACGCAAUGACAGGCACAGCUGAGAUGCUCUUUGACUACAUUGCAGAGUGUAUAUCGGACUUCCUAGACAGACACCACAUCAAACACAGGAAGCUUCCUCUGGGUUUCACCUUCUCCUUCCCCGUACGACAUGAGAACAUAGACAAGGGCAUCCUACUGAACUGGACCAAAGGGUUCAAGGCUUCUGGAGCCGAGGGUAACAACGUGGUGGGACUACUGAGAGAUGCCAUCAAGAGGAGAGGGGACUUUGAGAUGGACGUAGUUGCCAUGGUGAACGAUACAGUUGCUACCAUGAUAUCUUGCUACUAUGAGGACCGCAGCUGCGAAGUGGGAAUGAUUGUGGGUACUGGGUGUAACGCAUGCUACAUGGAGGAGAUGAGGACAGUGGAGCUGGUGGAGGGAGAAGAGGGGAGGAUGUGUGUGAACACAGAGUGGGGGGCCUUCGGUGCCAACGGAGAGCUGGAGGAAUUCAGACUGGAGUACGACAGGGUGGUGGAUGAGACAUCACUCAACCCUGGACAACAACUCUACGAGAAGUUGAUCAGUGGGAAGUACAUGGGAGAGCUGGUGAGGGUGGUAUUGUUGAAGCUGGUGAAUGAAGAGCUGCUGUUUAACGGGGAAGCCUCUGACCUGCUGAAGACUCGCGGCAGCUUUGAGACGCGCUACGUCUCCCAGAUAGAGAGUGACUCUGGUGACAGGAAGCAGAUCUACAACAUCCUGUCCACGCUGGGCGUGUUGCCCUCGGAGAUGGACUGUGACAUAGUGCGUCUGGCGUGUGAGAGCGUGUCCACGCGGGCAGCACACAUGUGUGGAGCGGGGUUAGCCGCCGUAAUCAAUCGCAUGAGAGAACGCCGCAGCCAGGAGGUGCUGAAGAUCACCGUGGGUGUUGACGGCUCCGUCUACAAACUCCACCCCUGUUUCCAAGACAGGUUCCACAAAGUUGUGCGUGAGCUGACGCCUCACUGUGACAUCACCUUCAUCCAAUCAGAGGAAGGGAGUGGCCGAGGCGCAGCACUUAUCUCCGCAGUAGCCUGUAAGAUGGCAGCGUGCAUGCUGACACAGUGAGAGGGUCGUAACUCCCUCCCACCUAUAGGGGGUGAUACAGGUGAACCAGGCUGAACUGAACCCCUGCAGUAAAUGACUCUGGAGAAUCUCAAUUGGUUUUGCUCAACUCGCAUCCUCUCCUCCAUCCUCACCUCGCCUCCUUUUGAAAAAGGUCAACGGUAAUCGAGGAGAGGAAGGGAGGAAACAUGGAAACAAAUGCAUUUGUAUGAAAUUAGUCCCUCCUUCUUCACUAGCGGGUCAUCAUACAAAUGACGUUUACAGAGGCGUAAAGUAGUAAAAACUAAUGUAGCGAGUUGUGCUAGACAUUUUAUAGAUAAAACUACAAGUAUUGUUUUGAAAUAUGUGCAUGCUUUCUCCUCCAAGUGAACAACAGCUGAAUCAAAAGGGGCAGAUUUCAAAACUCUGCCGCGGAGGAUGCACUUCAGUAUCCUUCGCGAGAGGAAGCUAUAGAAGUGAGGAGGACACUCCUCUGUUCACCUACAAACAAAUUAAAUCUCUCCUUGACCACUUAUCGCUUUCCAGGUCACACAGGAGAGGAGGACAGAAGAGUCGAGGAGAGGAUGGACUGUUGUCCAAUUAAGAACCCCCUCCCAUCUAAGGUCACCCAACUCUUUUUUUUAAAAAGCAUCCCUCCUCACUGGUGAGAGAGGGAAUAUAUGUGUGGAGAACUCAUUGUACUGACAUAUAACUCUACCACACAGCACACACAAUAUGGAAAACAAAGAGGCAGGUUAAAUCAGUAUUUUUCCUAGUGUACAGUCCUAUACAGUCUCUGUAAAUUUCCUGGAGUACCCACAAUGCACAGGUGGUGUGU